GAGGCCCCGCCCCGCCCCGCCGGCACCGCGGCCAGGCCUGUUAUUCCGCUCGCCGCUCGGCCCGGACCCGCGCAGCGCCAGUGGUCGGGGAGCUGGCCCUCGUCUCCCCCUUGUCCGGGCCAGAGCCGCCCCUAGACACGGCCGGAGACGGAGCUGAAGCGGCGGCCGCAUCCUGGCCCUGCCUCCCCCGCCAGCCCGCCCCUUGGCUGGACAUCUGGACCCUGGGCCCCGCACCCGCAGGGUUCCGGAAACCCUCCCCGCCCAGCUCCGCGGCCCAGCCCGCGCCGCCCUCUCUCCAGAGCCCCCAGCCCUCCUCCAGUCCAGACUUCCGUCUACUCCUGGACACCCCUUCCCCAUCCCCUGCCUCCCCCCCUCCCCCAGACUGGACCCGGGUAGGAGGGAGGGGGGGUGCGCGCUUUGCGCCGUCCCCGCCCCGCCCCCCGUGAUUCCCCCUGCAUGGCCGGCCCGGGUGGGGGGUGCGGGGGGGCCCGGGCGCCAUGCGGGAGGGGCACAAGGGUGGUCGCUGUGCCUGUCCCCGUGUGAUUCGAAAAGUGCUGGCAAAAUGCGGCUGCUGCUUCGCCCGGGGGGGACGUGAAUCCUAUUCCAUUACUGGCAGUGAGGGGAGCAUAUCGGCUUCUGCUGCUUCUGGUCUGGCUGCCCCUUCUGGCCCCAGCUCUGGCCGGUGUUCCCCAGCACCCUUAGGCCACCCAGUCAGUGGCCUAAGGAGAUGGUUGGAUCAUUCAAAACACUGUCUUAGUGUGGAGUCUGAGGCAGACAGUGGUCAAACAGGACCAUAUGAGAACUGGAUGCUUGAGCCAGCUCUAGCUACAGGAGAGGAGCUGCCAGAACUGACCUUGCUGACCACAUUGUUGGAGGGCCCUGGGGAUAAGACACAGCCACCUGAAGAGGAGACUUUGUCCCAAGCCCCGGAGAGUAAGGAAGAACAGAAGAAGAAGGCUCUAGAAAGGAGUAUGUAUGUCCUGAGUGAACUGGUAGAAACAGAGAAAAUGUACGUGGACGAUUUGGGGCAGAUUGUGGAGGGUUACAUGGCCACCAUGGCUGCUCAGGGGGUUCCAGAGAGUCUUCGAGGUCGUGACAGGAUUGUGUUUGGGAAUAUCCAGCAGAUCUACGAAUGGCACCGCGACUAUUUCCUGCAGGAGUUACAGCAGUGUUUGAAGGAUCCUGAUUGGCUGGCUCAGCUCUUCAUCAAACAUGAGCGAAGGCUUCAUAUGUAUGUGGUGUACUGUCAGAAUAAGCCCAAGUCAGAGCACGUGGUAUCAGAAUUUGGAGACAGCUACUUUGAGGAGCUCAGGCAGCAGUUGGGACACCGCCUGCAGCUCAGUGACCUUCUCAUCAAACCUGUGCAGCGGAUCAUGAAAUACCAGCUGCUGCUCAAGGAUUUUCUCAAGUAUUACAGUAGAGCUGAGAUGGAUACCGAAGAGCUAGAGCAAGCUGUGGAAGUCAUGUGCUUCGUGCCCAAGCGCUGCAAUGAUAUGAUGACCCUGGGGAGACUGCGGGGAUUUGAGGGCAAACUGACUGCUCAAGGGAAGCUCUUAGGCCAAGAUACCUUCUGGGUCACAGAGCCGGAGGCUGGGGGCCUGCUCGCUUCCCGGGGUCGAGAGAGACGUGUCUUCCUCUUUGAGCAAAUCAUCAUCUUCAGUGAGGCUCUCGGAGGAGGAGCGCGAGGUGGCACACAGCCUGGAUAUGUGUACAAGAGCAGCAUCAAGGUGAGCUGCCUGGGACUGGAGGGAAACCUCCAAGGUGAUCCUUGCCGUUUUGCACUGACCUCCAGAGGGCCAGAGGGUGGGAUCCAGCGCUAUGUCCUGCAGGCUUCAGACCCUGCAGUCAGUCAGGCCUGGAUCAAGCAAGUGGCCCAGAUCCUGGAAAGCCAGCGGGACUUUCUCAAUGCAUUGCAGUCACCCAUCGAGUAUCAGAGAAGAGAGAGCCAGACCAACAGCCUGGGGCGGCCAGGAGGGCUUGGGUUAGGGAGCCCUGGGAGGAUGCACCGGGCCCAGGUCGGCACUCACACACCCAUCAAUGGCUCUCUUCCAUCCCUGCUGCUGUUGCCCAAAGGGGAAGUGGCCAGAGCUCCCCUGCCUCUGGGCCCACAGGUCCUUAGUGACGCCCCCAAGGCUCCUCAUGACUCUCCUCCAGAUCCUCCAACUCUGAACACCCUUCCCUGCCAGGCCAGACUUGCCAAGCUGGAUGAAGAUGAGCUGUAACUGAUGAAGGCCAUGGAGAUAGUGCGGAUUCAGCCACCUCGUCCCUAAGGAACUUCCAGGCAGUUCUGGCACCUCUCCAGAAUUCUCCCUCUUAGUACAUCUGGAGGAUGAGCAAGGCUGGGAAGAUAUCAGCUUGAAGGAAAAUACCUUCAAGGAGGCCCCAAAAGACUUCUUUCUGCCCAAGAAACACAGACUCCACCCCUAUGCAUGCAUCACCAUUGCCUCGAAAGGAGGAUUAUGUGGGUGGUUGGGAGGGAGGGCCAGGGUAAGGGUUUGAGUUAUUAUUGGUUUAGAUUUUGAUUUUGUUUUUCUGUUUUCUGAGAAUAAAGGUUUUAUUAUAUCA